AUGCGUUUCGUUGCGUUCCUGUCUUUAGGCCUUGGUGCCAAUAUCGCAAUUGCAAGUGUUUGCAAGCCUCGAAGUCGAACACUGACCGACUCCGGCAGCGUAUCUACCGAGCCCGCAUCUGCAACCUCGACGGAACCUGUCGCUAUCUUUACUACAAGUACAGACAUCGUGACAACGACUACAGCCUCCGUCGAAUUAUCUAUCAGUGCCACAUCUACAGACGCCGAUGUGACUUCUACCGAGGCGACAGAGUCAGGAAGCGCUAGCAUCGAGCUCUCAGCUUCCACUGAAAUCCCUACUACAACUGCUGAGACAACGACAUCUGCUGAAGCAACCACGACGUUGAUGACUACCACCACUGAAGACACAUUUGUGCCUAUUCCUACCUUUAAUAUCAAGGCCCUAGGCUCAGAUAUCGAUGGUCAAUUGCUGCGAGGCGAUCCAGUUCGAUAUAACAACCUCGGGUGGUACACGCCCUCUCCCCCAGUUCUCACUUUCUCUAUCGAAGCUAGCACCAACUAUGUACGAGAGAUAAACACCGGGAAAUACUUAUGUGUUUCUUUUGGAGGCGAUGGUUUCCCCAACUCGAAUACGCUCUGCGACCCUGAUAAUCACUACGCUGGAAUAGAACCUCUCACAUGCGAACAGACUCGCGACCGAAAGCUCAAGUGCUCUGCACCAGCAGGUGAAUGCCACUUGGACGAGGUGAUGGAUACUACUUAUUGCAAUGCGGUUCCUGGUACCUGGGACCAGUUUGAUGUAAUCCAUGGUAGGAUAAUCAACACUCCUGCUCUUGUCAUGGUAUCAAGCAUCAAUCCUCCCACAGCUGAUGAUUUGGAAGCCAUUGAGCUUCAAGUCGUUCCCUAUGCGGGUUAA